AUGAAGUUGUUAAAAUUUCACCUGAGAUAUCAUCCACCGGGAUUAGUUCUAGAAUACUUGCAAAAAGGGCUGGUCAAGAAUAAGGACAUCGAUCUGUUGGAUCUGAAUAGCAAUACGGAUAUCCAAGAGCUGGCCAAGAAGCUGUACCAGCGCGAAGUCCUCAUCACGGACGAGGUCAGGGAGUAGCUCGAGCAAUGCCUGGAGACGCUGAAGAAACGCAUUGAGCAUGAAGGUCCAACGGGCAAGAGGUUCUAUAUAUACAAAACUUUGAUGACACACGUCCUGCCGCUCACAAAUGUCUGCUUUGAUAAACUUGGCGAGAGGUGUCUCUCAGGCAGCUACGAUCGCACCUGCAAAGUGUGGGACGUAGAGUCGGGGAGGGAAACCAAGACUCUCACAGGGCACCAGAAUGUCGUUUAUUCUGUUGGCUUCAAUUUCCCCGUGUGUAACCGCGUUAUAACCGGUUCGUUCGACAAAACGGCUCGGAUAUGGCGGCCGGACACCGGGGAGUGUCUCGCGACCCUCUGGGGUCACACCGGCGAGGUGGUCGCCGCGCAGUUCAGCUGCAAGGGAGAGUAUGCGGCCACGGGGUCCAUGGAUAGCACAGCUAAACUGUUUGACGUGAAAACUGGUACCGAAAUAAACACAUACGUGGGUCACACAGCAGAGGUGAUAGCUCUACAGUUCGACCCGAAUGAAGGCCAGAGGCUGAUCACCGGUUCUUUCGAUGGCACCAUCUCAAUAUGGGACACGAGGGUUAAAGAUCGAGUAUCAGUGCUGAGCGGGCAUUCCGGGGAGAUCUCCAACGUUCAGUUCAAUUGGGACAGCUCCCUCGUGGGGUCGUCUUCUUUAGACGGCAGCGCGAAACUCUGGGAUGCGAGGAAAACCGAGUGUCUUGCUACUGUCGCUGGACACACUGAUGAGGUAUUGGACAUAUGCUUUGACUGGGCCGGUCAGCGGAUGGCCACCUCAUCAAGCGAUUGCUCCGCGCGCGUUUACGACGUGCGGUCAAAUUUCAAGGAGUUAGCAGUCAUGAAGGGGCAUAGGGAGGAGGUUUCUAAGGUCUGCUUCAGUCCGGCUGGUGGAUGUCUCCUAACCGCAUCAGCGGACAGGAGCGCCAGGAUCUGGAACACGUCUACUGGAAAUUGCUUGCAGGUGCUCUCUGGCCAUAGUGGGGAGAUUUUCUCCUGUGCCUUCUCGUACGCCGGAGACGCCAUCGUCACCGCGUCCAAAGACAACACUUGCAGGAUCUGGCGGUGA